AUGGCGGCGGCCGCGCUGCUGCCGCUGGCGCUGCUGGCGCUGCUGGCGCUGGGGGCGGCCGGCGCGGGCACGGGCGCGUGCUACGACGGCGCGGGGCGCCCGCGGCGCUGCCUGCCCGAGUUCGAGAACGCGGCGUUCGGCCGGCGCGCCGAGGCGUCGCACACGUGCGGGAGCCCGCCCGAGGACUUCUGCCCGCACGUGGGCGCGGCGGGCGCGGGGCCGCAGUGCCAGCGCUGCGACGCCGCCGACCCCGCGCGCCACCACAACGCCUCCUACCUCACCGACUUCCACAGCCAGGACGAGAGCACCUGGUGGCAGAGCCCGUCCAUGGCCUUCGGCGUGCAGUACCCCACCUCGGUCAACAUCACCCUCCGCCUGGGGAAGGCCUACGAGAUCACCUACGUGAGGCUGAAGUUCCACACCAGUCGCCCUGAGAGCUUCGCCAUCUACAAGCGCAGCCACGCCGGCGGCCCGUGGGAGCCCUACCAGUUCUACAGCGCCUCCUGCCAGAAGACCUACGGCCGGCCCGAGGGCCAGUACCUGCGCCCCGGCGAGGACGAGCGCGUGGCCUUCUGCACCUCCGAGUUCAGUGACAUCUCUCCGCUGAGCGGGGGCAACGUGGCCUUCUCCACCCUGGAGGGCCGGCCCAGCGCCUACAACUUCGAGGAGAGCCCUGGGCUGCAGGAGUGGGUCACCAGCACCGAGCUCCUCAUCUCUCUAGACCGGCUCAACACGUUUGGGGACGACAUCUUCAAGGACCCCAAGGUGCUCCAGUCCUACUACUACGCCGUGUCUGACUUCUCUGUGGGUGGCAGGUGCAAGUGCAACGGCCACGCCAGCGAGUGCGGCCCCGACGGCGCGGGCCGGCUGGCCUGCCGAUGCCAGCACAACACCACUGGCCCCGACUGCGAGCGCUGCCUGCCCUUCUUCCAGGACCACCCGUGGGCCCGGGGCACUGCCGAGGCCGCCCACGAGUGUCUGCCCUGCAACUGCAGUGGCCGCUCCGAGGAAUGCACAUUCGACCGGGAGCUCUUCCGCAGCACGGGCCACGGCGGGCGCUGUCUCCACUGCCGUGACCACACGGCUGGGCCACACUGCGAGCGCUGCCAGGAGAACUUCUACCACUGGGACCUGCGUGCGCCGUGCCAGCCCUGUGACUGCCACCCAGCAGGCUCCCUGCACCUCCAGUGCGAUGAUGCGGGAACCUGCGUCUGCAAGCCCACUGUGACCGGCUGGAAGUGUGACCGCUGCCUGCCCGGGUUCCACUCACUCAGUGAGGGAGGCUGCAGACCCUGCACCUGUGAUCCUGCUGGCAGCCUGGGCACCUGUGACCCCCGCAAUGGGCGUUGCCCCUGCAAAGAGAAUGUGGAAGGCAACCUGUGUGACAGGUGUCGCCCAGGGACAUUUAACCUGCAGUCCCAUAAUCCCGCCGGCUGUAGCAGCUGCUUCUGCUACGGCCACUCCAAGGCGUGUGUGGCCGCCACCCAGUUCCAGGUGUACCACAUCCGCUCCGAUUUCCACCAGGGAGCCGAGGGCUGGUGGGCCAGAAGUGUGGGGGGCCCCGAGCACCCCCCAAGAUGGAGCCUGAGUGGGGUCCUCCUGAGGCCUGAAGAAGAGGAGGAGCUCACGGCACCAGAGAAGUUCCUGGGAGACCAGCGGUUCAGCUAUGGGCAGCCCCUCACACUGACCUUCCGGGUGCCCCCCGGGGGCUCCCCACCCCCCGUGCAUCUGAGGCUGGAAGGGGCAGGCUUGGCCCUGUCUCUGAGGCACUCCAGCCUGUCCAGCCCCCAGGACACCCGGCAGCCCGGGGAGACACAGCUCAGGUUCCUCCUGCAGGAGACCUCCGAGGACGUGGACCCUCCACUGCCCCCCUUCCACUUCCAGCGGCUCCUCACCAACCUGACCAGUCUCCGCAUCUGUGCCGGCCGCCGGAGCCCAGGCCCUGCCGGCCAGGUGUUCCUGACCAAGGUCCAGCUCACGUCCGCCCGGCGGGGGCUGUCCCCCCCAGCCUCCUGGGUGGAGACCUGCUCAUGUCCCAAGGGCUACACGGGCCAGUUCUGUGAAUCCUGCGCUCCAGGAUACAAGAGGGAGACACCACGAGGGGGUCCCUAUGCCAACUGUGUGCCUUGUACCUGUAACCAGCAUGGCACCUGUGACCCCAACACAGGGAUCUGUGUGUGCGGCCACCACACCGAGGGCCCGUCCUGUGAGCGCUGCGUGCCUGGUUUCUAUGGCAAGCCCUACACAGGCCAAGCUGACGACUGCCAGCCCUGCCCCUGCCCCGGACACUCAGCCUGCACGACCGUCCCAGAGAGCGGGGAGGUGGUGUGCACCCACUGUCCCCCAGGCCAGAGAGGGCGGCGCUGUGAGAUCUGUGAUGAUGGCUUUUUUGGGGACCCGCUGGGGUUUUCCGGGGCCCCCCAGCCCUGCCGCCAGUGCCAGUGCAACGGAAAUGUGGACCCCAACGCUGUGGGCAACUGUGACCCCCUGUCCGGCCGCUGCUUGCGCUGCUUGCGCAACACGACGGGGGAUCGCUGUGAGCGCUGCCGGGAAGGCUUCUACGGGAGCGCCCUGGCCCCGCGGCCCGCAGGCAGAUGCGCGCCCUGCAGCUGCAACCCCGGGGGCUCGGUCGGUGAGCAGACACCCUGCGACCCAGUGACGGGUCAGUGCUCCUGCCUGCCUCACGUGACUGGGCGGGACUGCAGCCGCUGCAGCCCAGGCUUCUUCGACCUCCAGCCCGGGAGGGGCUGCCGGAGCUGUGAGUGCCACCCACUGGGCUCCCAGGAGGACCAGUGCCACCCCAGGACUGGGCAGUGCCCCUGUCGCCCAGGCGUAGUGGGCCAGGCUUGUGACAGAUGCCAGCUCGGUUUCUUUGGCUUCUCCAUCAAGGGCUGCCGGGCCUGCAGGUGCUCCCCGCUGGGCGCUGCCUCAGCCCAGUGCCACGAGAACAGCACGUGCGUGUGCAGGCCUGGCUUUGCGGGCUACAAGUGUGACCGCUGCCAUGACAACUUCUUCCUCACGGCGGGCGGCACACGGUGCCAGGAGUGCCCACUCUGCUACGGCCUGGUGCAGGAGGAGGCGGCCAAGCUGAAGGCCAGGCUGACCUUGAUGGAGGGGUGGCUGCAGGGGUCUGACUGUGGCAGUCCCUGGGGACCACUAGACAUUCUGCAGGGAGAGGCCCCACGGGGGGACGCCUACCAGGGCCACCACCUGCUGCCAGGGGCCCGGGAAGCCCUCCUGGAGCAGAUGACGGGCCUCGAGGGUGCCGUGAAGGCCUCCCUGGAGCAGCUCCGGGUGCUCAGCAAGGGUGCCCGCUGUGCCCAGGCCAGAGCCCAGAAGACCUGCGUCCAGCUGGCAGACCUCGAGGCAGCGCUGGCAUCCUCAGAAGAGGAGAUUCUGCACGCUGCCACUGUUCUCCAAUCUCUGGUGAUUCCUCAGGAAGGGCCCGGCCAGCCCAGCCCAUGGAGCCAUCUGGCCGCGGAGGCCCGCGCCCUUGCCAGGAGCCACAGACGCAGCGCCGCCAAGAUUGAAGCUGCCGCCCGGAGGGCCCUGCUCACCUCCAACGCCAGCUACGCGCUUCUCUGGAGUCUGGUGGACGGUACGGUGGCCCUGGAGACUCAGCGGGAGCUGGAGGACAGGUACCAGGAGGUCCAGGCGGCCCAGAAAGUGCUGGGCACGGCUGUCGCAGAGGGGCUGCCCGAAGCGGAGAGGGUGCUGGCCACCAUGCAGCAAGUCGGCACGGCUGCCGCCCCGAGCCUGGCCUUACUGGCCACCCCUGGAGCACUGCCUCAGGAGGCUGAGGCCGAGGACUUGGGCCGGAAGGCGAGGGCCCUGGACAAGACGGCUGCAUCGAGGGAGCGCGUGGCCGCUGAGGCCGCCCGAGCCCUCCAGGACACUGCCCGGGCCCUGCUGCAGAAGACAGAGCCCCUCGUGCAGCUGCACCAGGAGGCCACAGCCGCCCUGGCCCAUGCUUCCUCAUCUGUCCAGGCUGCCACAGUGACCGUCGCGGGAGCCAGGACCCUGCUGGCUGACCUGGAAGGAAUGAAGGCGCAGUUUCCUCGGCCCGAGGACCAGGCGGUGCUGCAGAGGAAGGCAGGCGUGGUCAGGGGCAGGUUCCUUGCAGACGCAAAGAAGAAGACCAAGCAGGCGGAGAGGAUGCUGGGCAAUGCAGCGUCUCUCUCCUCCAGCGCCAAGAAGAAGGGCAGAGAAGCGGAGCUGUUGGCCAAGGGCAACGCCAAGCUUGCCAAGGCCUUGCUGAGGGAGGGGAAGCAGGGGCACCGCCGUGCCAGCCGGCUGGCCAGCCAGACGCAGGCCACACUCCGACAGGCCUCCCGGCAGGUGCUGGCCUCUGCAGUGCACAGGCAGGAGCAGGAGGAAGCUGAGCGGGUGGGAGCUGGGCUGAGCGAGUUGGAACGGCAGAUCCGGGAAUCACGUGUCGCCCUGGAGAAGGACAUAGAGGCCUUGUCAGAGCUGCUUGCCAGACUGGGGUCACCGAACGCCCAUGGAGCCCCAGCCCGCACCCUGAAUGAGACUCAGCAGGCACUGGAACGCCUGAGGCUGCAGCUGGGUUCGCCGGGGGCCCUCCAGGGGAAACUGAGGCUGCUGGAGCAGGAGUCUGAGCAGCAGGAGCUGCAGAUCCAGGGCUUCGAGAGUGACCUCGCCCAGAUCCGUGCCGACAAGCAGAACUUAGAGGCCAUUCUGCACAGCCUGCCUGAGCACUGUGCCAGCUGGCAGUGAGGGCUGCCCAGACCCCUGGCACACACUCCCCCACCUGCUGUUUUCAUGGCCCAGGGCAUGCACACACACACCCCCACACAGAUGUGCCCACUUAGGCACACCCCCAGAGCCGGCUGCUGUGGACUGUCCCCUGUGUGAAUAGUCGUGCUCCCUGCUGAGUCUGUCUGCACCUCCCUCCCUGCCAGCAGGGGUGAGUGUGCAUACCCAGUGCACUCGGGCAUCGGUGUGCACUCCCAUCCCUGCACGGGCAUAGACAUGCACACCGUGUCAGGAACACAUGCAUGUACAUGCACACAUGUGGAUGCACAUCUGUGUGUGAUGCACACAUAUGUUCAAGUCCAUCCAGGCAUGCACGCAUGUUAGAGUGAGUCCACAGCUGUUGUCGAGAGUCAGCUGUGUGCCAGGCACCCUACGGGUCCUGGGCGAGUUGUUAUGUUGAAUACCCAGCAGGGCUGACAUACCCACUGUCGCCCCAGACAGCAGAGGGGUCUCAGCAGAUCCUCGGAAAUCGAGGGUGGGUUCAGCAGGAGCCAGAGUGCCUAGUCCCAGAGCUGCCCUCUGUCCCAGCACACUACUGCCCACCUGUCGCCCGGCGUGCACACCCAGCAGCUCUACGCAGCCAGGGGAUCGGCAGGCCAAGAAACACAAGAUCCUGGGAGGGUUCUCGGCAGUAGAAUCUAGACCCAGGGACCCCUGAGGCCAUGAUGGGGCUUGGAGCAAGGCCCACCUGGCAAGGUGCCACUGGCUUCCCCAGCUAUGUCCCUCUAAGGACCCUGGGACUGCACCAGACACUGGAGGAAUCACCUGCUCUGGGCCCCACCCCCCCUUCAGCCUGUGAUCUGUCCAAAGAGCCAGGCCCUCAAGGGCUGGAGGAGCCUGGGUCAUGGGGGCUCAGACAGGCCACUGAGAGCACCCCUUUACACCCCCAGCAACCCAGUGGCCUUUGACCCUUCCCUAACCAGCCCCAUGGCCCCACCUGCCAUGAGGGAGGCCACAGGGGUGUGGAUGCAUGGCUGCCAUUCCAGUCUGUCCUGCCGGGGAACCCCCCUGUAGCCAGGCCCUCGUGUGGCCUCUGCCCAGGACUCCCUGGCAUUUCCUCCUGGCACUCCUCCCCUUUCCUGGGCCACCUCCAGCAUAUGGCAGGGCCUUGGCACUGGGAAGACAGGCACCUCCGGGGCCCAGCCCCUCCCUCCCGUGGCUCCCCCGACAGGAAGGGGGGGCAGUGCAGACCAGUUCUGUUCAAUGUGGGAAUAAAGGACCCUUUUACUGA